CCUCUCUGGAAAUUUACUGGUGCUCUCGGACUGAUUCAGUGUGCGGCUCUGUCAAGCUGUUCAGUGGACAUCAUCUGAGAAGGUAUCACUCAAGAUGGAUGUCAAGAAAAAGAACUUCUUGGAGAACUUGCGUCUAAAAACUAAGUUGGGCAACCUGAAGAAGCCAGGGAAGAAGGCCCUUGCCAAGCAGGGCAGGAGGCUGGCCCAUCGACGCAGUAUUUCUGUACCGGACCUGAGGUUUGUGCCUGGUGAAGCAUUUGCUACAGACAGCGCCCUGGUGUCCAAUGAUGCCAUCUUCUUUGGCCACUCCCCUGGUCAGAGUGAUACUGAUUCUGUAGCAAGUGGGUCCAUCGCUGAUGGACCUCUCUUCACAGACAAACUGACUGAUUCAGUCCCAGAAAUCCGACUUAAAGUUCCCACAGAUCGCACAGCUGCUGCUUUGAAUAGAGUAAGUGCCCCAGCAGGAACACCGGGCCUUUAUGAGGAAAUUGACGAUAUGUUGAAUUUGAGAUCACAGAACAGGACGAACUUCACUCGAGAAGCCUUGUACACACAACCAGAUAAAAGAGCCAAAGGGAAUGCAACUAAAUUUACUUUUGAUCCUAUUCCUGCACCAAGAUCAGUUUUUACCCACGCACUUUCACCAAGGCCAGACCUUGUAGACAGAGAGAGUCCCUCUGGUGAAGAUGCCCAAGCUGACAGAGUUUCCACAGGUUCUGUUUCUGCAAUACUGGCCAGAGCAAGCUCAAUGGGAGAACAAAUGUACCCUUACACGGAAAAGAGGACCCCAUCCUUUGAGUACAGAAAGCCGUCAUCUGAAAAAGGAACUCCGCCAGUAACCAGGGCAAAUGCUCCUGCAGAUACCGUGUCUCUGAUGUUAGAUACUCUGGGUACUCCUCUGGAGAGUGCAGAUGGUACCUCUCUGGAUUCUGCCUGUGGCAGUCCCAUUGAGGAGCGAGUCAACAUGCCUUGGACAACAGACUCAGAGGAACUGGAACUCUGCUCUCCCUUUCUGAUGAGAGACUACUCCGUGGAAGAGGCUCUGCUCGAAGAAGCCCAGCCUGAGGAGGGCCUGGAAGAUAUAGCAGAGAUGUCCAGUGAACCAUUUGAGUUUUUUGAAGAAGUUUUGCAAGAUCCUCUGGAAAGCUCUGUCAUAGCAACAGGGCCUGAUGUCCAAGUACCUGUCCCGUGCCAGCGAUACCUCCUGAAUAUCAACCUAAAGCAGGGGAGGAACCUGGUCAUCAGAGAUAAGCGCUCUGGGACCAGUGAUCCGUAUGUGAAGUUCAAACUUGAAGGAAAACAGUUCUAUAAAAGUAAAGUAGUUUAUAAAAGCCUGAAUCCACGGUGGAAUGAGUCCUUCUCCCAUCCUCUUCGAGACCGAGAGCAUGCUGUGGAAGUUCGGGUCUACGAUAAAAACCGGACCGCUGACGAGUUCAUGGGUUCCAGCGCGAUUUCCCUGAAAAAUCUUGAUUUGUACAAAACCUAUGAAAUGGAGUUGCGUCUUGAUGAUCCUAAAAGUAAAGAAGAUGACAUGGGAGUGAUUGUUGUUGAAAUCUGCUUAAUGUUUAGAGACGCCACCGUCAAAAGGCCCCCUAGAUGGCCUCAAAGGAAAAAUAAGCAGAACCAGGCCGCACCAUCCCCACGGUCUGCCGAGACGCAGAAGAAUCAGCUGAAGAGCCAGAUGUGGACAGGGGUGCUUGGUAUCACCUUGGUGCAGGGACUGGACCUGCCACAGCACGGCCACGGGGACGUUUACGUCCGCUUUCGCCUUGGUGAUCAGAAGUACAAGAGCAAGAACCUCUGCAUUCAGGCCAAUCCCCAGUGGAGAGAGCAGUUUGACUUCAAUCAGUUUGAAGAUAACCAGGAACCUCUGCAGGUGGAGGUGUACUCAAAGAGGGGGAGGAAGGGUGAGGAAUCAUGGGGGAUGUUUGAGAUUGACCUAUCGAGACUUCCACUUAAUGAGAGGCAGCUCUACACUCAUGUGCUGGACCCCGGAAAGGGCAGGCUGGUGUUUCUGGUCACCCUGAGACCUUGCUGGGGAGUCUCCAUCUCUGACAUUGAAACAGCUGCCUUGGAUAAGCCUGAUGAGAGAGACACAAUAGUGGAGAAAUUUAGCUUAAAGAACUCACACAAGUGUGUGGGGGAGGUUGGCUUCCUUCAGGUCAAAAUUGUAAAGGCAAAUGAUCUUCCCGCUACAGACCUCAAUGGGAAGAGCAACCCUUUAUGUGUUGUUGAGCUCGGCAACAGCAAACUUCAAACUCACACAAUCUACAAGACGCUCAAUCCUGAGUGGAACAAAGCCUUGACAUUCCCAAUUAAGGACAUUCAUGAUGUGGCAGAGUUGACUGUCCUUGAUGAAAACGGAGACAAAGCCCCAAACUUUUUGGGAAAAGUGGCCAUUCCAUUACUGACUGUGCAGAAUGGGCAACAGAUAUGUCUGUUCUUGAAGAAAGAAGACUUGGGAAGUGCAUCAAAAGGAACCAUCACUCUGGUGCUGGAGGUUAUCUACAACAAAGUCAGAGCCGGUAUCAAAACCUUUCAGCCGAAGGAGACAAAAUUAAUGGAGGAAAACCUGAAGUUCUCCAAAAAGGUUCUUGCCCGGAAUAUAUAUCGGGUUCGAAAAAUCAGCACAGCAGUUCUGUACACGUUACAGUACAUUAAAAGCUGUUUUCAAUGGGAGAGCACGCAACGGAGUCUAAUAGCCUUUCUGAUCUUCCUUGUGACGGUGUGGCACUGGGAGCUCUUCAUGCUGCCCCUCUUCCUGCUUCUGCUCAUCGGCUGGCACUACUUCCAGCUCUCUGCGGGGAAGGCCAGCUCCAACCAGGACCUGGUGAACAUGAGCAUGGGUGACGACGAAGAGGAAGACGAGAAGGAAGCCGGAAAAAAGGGUUUGAUGGAUAAGAUACAUAUGGUACAGGAAGUGGUGCUGGUUGUCCAGAAUGUUUUGGAGGAGAUCGCAAACAUCGGGGAACGAAUCAAGAACAUUUUCAACUGGUCUGUCCCUUUCCUGUCGUGCAUGGCCUGCCUGGUGCUGUUUGUGGCCACAGUGCUGUUAUAUUAUAUCCCACUGCGAUAUAUUGUGCUGACAUGGGGCGUUAACAAAUUUACCAAGAAGCUGCGCAACCCAUAUACUAUUGACAAUAAUGAAAUACUGGAUUUCCUCAAGAGGGUGCCUUCUGAUGUUCAAAAGGUGCAGCACAGUGCGCUGAGAGCGCCCACCAGCCAGAACCAGCCACGGAAGAAAAGGUAGGCUCAGCGGACACGCUGGAUGAAAGGCUGGUCUCCUUUUGAAUACAGCACGACGCAGUCCACCUGACAACAAUGCUCCGGUGCCAGCAGAGCCCGUGACCCCGUGCACCCCACCAUAUCACCCUAACUCUGCCCCCUGCUGCUGAGGGGCAGCCAGCCGCUCUCUGGCUUGUGUGUUUGCCACCCCCCUGACAGAGGCUGUGAACUGCAGCAGCUAGGAGGGCAGCACAUGGCGCUGUCAAUCACAAGCCUGGAGGUAAAGAAAAGAGAGCGCUGCAAGGCUCAGCCUUCAUCUUUGGAUAUAAUUUAGAAAAGGAAUGAAAAGCGUCGGGUUUGGCUUACCUUAGACCUCCACUGUCUUGCUUUUUUUUUUUCUUUUUUUUUUAACUUUGGUGAAACUUGGAAAUUUGCCUUCAGGUUAAGUUAAUACAAGCUUUACAGCCAAUGAAAAACAAAGCAUGGCAGUUCUUUUCUUAAUACAUGUGUAAAUUUAAUAAAGAUCAAAAGUUCAUAUAUAUUGUAAUACAUUUUUAAAUAAUUCUCAAAAUUUAAGGUUUUGACACUCAUUUAAAAUAGUUGUGUUGAGGCUUUAUUGUGUAUAUAAUAUAAUACUUCUCAGCAACAAAUCUAUAUUUAUCUUCUACUGUAUUAUUUCUAGCUGACUGUGUAUGUUUCUGUAUGUUAGACUGAUUAAUUUCAGUUUUAAUUUUACCCCGUGUCUCGUCUGCAUCAUCAAAUAGAGAAUUUACUGGAAUCCUGAAUAAAGAAUCUUGAUCAGUUGGA